CGGCCAAAUCCGCCAAACAAAAUAUCGUAAAAAUCUAUUUAACUUUGAUACUGAUACUAAUAAUCAUCAUGAACGAUUUAAUCGAAAAUUUAAAGAUCAUAUAUCAUCUCACAUGCAUAUAUCUGAAUGCGUUACAAAAUUAGUUUUACUUGUUGACGAUAUUAAAGUCGAAGAAAUGAUUUUAAAUAUUAGUCUGAAACAAAAAAUUUACAAUUCUGAUGAUUCAAUGUUACUUAAAAGAUUUGGUUCACAAAUAACAAACAAAGCUGUUGAAUUAUUUACGUAAACAAAACGAUGAAAUUAAACUUCAACAUUAUUUUAUAGAAGAACUUGAAAAUAAUAGAUGGCAAAUCGAUCAAAAAGACGAAGAAAAAAAUUAUUACAUUACUUCAAGUAUAAUUUAUCGCGAUUCAUGCGAAGGCUUAUUAUUUUAUGAUUGUCACUUUUAUUUACAAAAUCAGUUACCAUGUCGUCAUAUGAUCGUCUUGUUUAAUAAAAUUAAUGAUGAGAUAUAUGAUCAAACACAUGAAAUACAAAAAAUUAUCUCAUUUAACAAACGAUGGUUAAAACAUUCAGUUGAUUAUUAUUUAAAUGAUAUACAAAAUUGUGAUCCACAAUUUAUUUAUAGUUACUCAAGUUCCAGCUCAAAAAAAUAAAAUUUAAAAUAGUAAUGACAAGUAUAAUAAUGUUAAAUCAACUUUAGAUCUAUUAACAGCUCGCAUCAUUCAAUCUGGAACCAAUGAAUUUAAUGAGCAUUUAAAUUUUCUCAAUGUUAUUGUUGAUUUAAUUAAUUUAAACAAAUACAAAGAAUUAUACAAUUAUGUAAAUUCUUUAAAACAUACACAUUCCAAAUAGCAAGAUCAAGAAAUAGAACAGAAACCAUUUAUAAAUCUACUUGAUAAUAUACCGGAAGAACUAACAGCAAAACAAGCAAAAUUUAACAAUAUAGAAGAAGAAAUUGAACAACAAAAUACUGGUAAGGAAUCAUUAGUGGCUUAUAAGAAAAAAGAUAACACCAACGAUAAAGAUCAAAUUAAUAAAAAAAGAACUUAUAAACAAUCUUCACCAGAUUUAAAAGGAUAUAAUGUUAAACGGAAUAAAAAAUUAGAAUCAAUUCGCGACGUUUAUGAUAAAACGACAUGGUUAACUGAUUUUCAUAUAUAUUUAUUUUUCGAAUUAUUACAUAAACAUUUUCCCAAUAUUAAUGGACUAUGUGGUCCUGCACAAAUUCAUUUAUACACACAGUCGUUAGAGAACUCGAUUUUUAUUUUCAAUGCAAAUAAUAAUCACUGGGUAACGAUUUCAAAUUUGGACAGUAAUAAUAUUUAG